AUGGACACACCACCGCCGCCUCCGCCCCAUGGGACAAAUCCCAAGACGGCCAACCCAAAUCUGCCACCCGGCAAAUAUGACAUCUUCAUCAUCCCUCCACACUCGUCCGGAUCAGGCUUCCUCUAUCUGCCUUCCCUGCAGCCCAAUAUCAACAGUUUCGCAGCGGGCUUCGCCAGUGCCCUGGUCCUUGUCGUGCUCUCGCAGAGCAUGGCGCCGGCCUUUCGGUCCUGGUGGGCCAAUUUCCAGGGAAUGGGCGAUGCGGGAAUGGUGAUCCUCGUGAUUGCUGUCGGCGUGGGAGCUUGGGCUCUCGGCCGGAUCCAGCACGACAAGAACACUGGCAAUGGCGGCAAGAACGGGAGCAACAGUGGACCUGGGGCUGGAGCACCUUCGCCGCCACCGCCGGAGCCCGCAAAGCCGGCACCACCAAAGGAAGCUCCCCGACCACCUACGCCACCACCCGAGCCGCCAAAGCCUCCGCCGCAGGAGCCCCCGAAGCCAGAGCCACCAAAAGUAGCACUGCCGAAACCAGAGCCUCCAAAGGCCGAAGCUCCAAAGCCUGAGCCACCCAAGCCUGAGCCGCCUAAGCCUGAGCCUGAACCCCCUAAACCGGACCCUCCGAAGGCGGAUCCACCCAAGGAGAAGCCGAAGGGCGCUUGGGAGAAGGCUCGGGAGGAGACGCGCCGCCGGGAAGAAGAGCGCAAGGCCAAGGAGGCCGAGCAGAGGCGAAAGGACGAGGUGCAAAGACGGCUCAAGGAGCUACGUGAGAAAGAGGCCCGCGAAAGAGCGAAGCAGCAACGGGAGAAGGAACAAAAGGAGAAAGAGCUCAAGGAGAAGCUUCAGCGCGAGAGAGAAGUUAGGGACGCUCGGCUGGCUGAGGCACGAGAGCGAGAACUUCGAGAGCGUCUCGAGAGGGAGAAGGCUCUGCGAGAGAGGCUCGAGCGGGAAGCCAAGGAGCGGGAGGAGGCUCGUCUGCAGGAGCAAAAGGCCAAGGAAGAGACCGUCAGGAAGAGCACGUAUGCCUUUUCGUCCGUGGGCGAGAAGACCAACCCAUGGCCAAAUGGCAAGCCGCCCGUGCAGGCACAACCCGCUCCGGCGCAGGCACCUCCGUCGCCGGCCAGGCCGAAUCCUACACCGGCCUCGGCAAAGCGCCCCCCGCCGCCGCCGUCCGCCCGUACCUAUGAUGAUGACGCAACGUCGAGCUACUCGUACCGCCCAUACGAUCAGCCGAAAGCGCAUAACCGGCGGAGAUCUGGCGAGACGGUGUUUACCGAGUCCUCGUAUGCUGCGUCCCAGUCGACGGCGCGGUCCACCCCACCACCAUCGAUGCGGAGGCCGUACACGACCAAAGACCCCGACAAGAUUGUCAUCAAGGCCGUGUAUUCGUUUCUCAACCAGUUUUCCAAGACGCCUGCCUCGCAGCUCAUUUCUGGGUUCGGCCCCGUCACUGAUGGGCUUAUCCUGCGCAUAACGACCGAGGGUAUCUUUAUCGACGACGACGUGCGAGGCGUGCCCCAGCGCGAGUGGGACGUCAAGGCGUGGACGCUCAAGACCAUGGAGAUCUGGUGUCCCUCAGCGGCCGAGGUCACCUCGGCCAAGCCCACACAGAAGAGUGCUUCCAGGUGGCGGACCACGACGAGAGGGCCGAGUAGGGUUCUGGGAGGCGAGGAUGCCGACGCCUUCCUUACGGAGCUGCUCCAUGUCUGCCGGGACGAGUGCCGUCUUGAGCUGCACGAGGGCUACGAGCGGCGUUCAGCCAACGGCAGCAGCUCUGGCAAGUGGGAGCAUCGCGGCCUUCACGUGUUGCAGGCUACCAUCCGCGACCAGGAGGGCAAGCGAUACAUGUUUGUGCUCGACGAGGGCGAGGGUUGGAAGGUGGCCGUGGCGCUGCAGCGGCUGCGUAAGGGUACUCAAGCCCGGCAGCUGGGGAUCCAGCCUACCACGGCGGCUGAAGCGCGGGCGACGCUCGAGCUGCUCGGCUGGUAA